AUUCUCAAAAUGUGUGUGUAAUAUUCAUUUGUAUUUCAUCCCGUACCAGUACUGCUGGAAGGAUUUGACAUUUUAUCAUCAGCUAGGUGAGUUUUUCUCUCAAGGGCUCAAAAUUGCCGGUGAAACUACGUCCGCGGUAAAACUACAGCUCCCAGACUGCUUUGCGGUGACACGCCCCUUCAUUUGCCAAACUACUUCCGGGUUACCAAUGCCAUAUUUCUGUUUUGUUAUCGAACCUGUUGUGAUUUUACUCAUCGCUUUCAUGUACGCUAAAAACUAUACUGACAAAUGUUUUCUUGUAGUUUGUACCGCCUGCGCACCGUCUUACCCCGCGUAGUUUACAACAACCUUAAAAGAGGACGACGGAGGACAAUAUCAAGUGUGACACUUGGAAAGACACAACGCCAUGUUGGUACAUUGGAGACAAGGCGCUUCUUUCACGGCUUGUACGAAAACGAUUCUGUUCGAACUUACGUCCGACAACUCAUGGACUAUCACAAAGCCCUUGACCAGAAGUUGCACCGCUCAAACGUGAACGAAGCUGACAGGAAAUUGAUGGUGAAGAAGUAUACAGAGCUGCUACCUUUGGCAAAUGUCUUUUACAAUGUUGAACAAGCGGUUAAAGAUCUUGAUGAAGUUCGGUCCAUUUUGCAUUCCCCGAUUGGGUCCAAAGAUGAAGAAGCAGAACAGUUUGCUCAGCUGCUGAAAGAAGAGGAAGCUCUCAUCGCAGACAGGAUUUCAGUCUUAAAGGAAGAGCUAAUCAAAGCUCUCUUACCGACUGACCCUCUGGACUCGAGUAACGUUUUACUGGAAGUCGUUUCAGGGCGAACAACUGGAGGUGAUAUAUGUCAACAAUUCACCAGAGAAAUGUUUGACAUGUACCAGGGUUUUGCCGCUUACAAGAAGUGGGAUUUUGAGAUGUUGAAUUACACUCCGGCAGAAUACGGUGGUUUGCAUCACGCAGCCGCACAGAUAGCCGGGGAGAACGUGUACAGACAUCUGAAGCAUGAGGGGGGGACGCAUCGGGUGCAGAGGAUUCCCGAGGUGGGCCUUUCCUCCCGGAUGCAGCGCAUCCACACGGGAACCAUGACUGUUAUCAUCCUGCCUCAACCUGUUGAGGUUGAUGUCAGCGUCGACCCGAACGAGCUGCGCGUGGACACCUUCAGAUCUCGAGGUGCCGGGGGUCAAAGUGUCAAUACGACCGAUAGCGCGGUGCGCAUCGUUCACCUUCCUUCGGGUAUUACAGCAGAGUGUCAGCAGACCCGCUCUCAACUGAAGAACAGAGAAACUGCCAUGCGUGUGCUGAAGGCCCGCCUCUACCAGAGCUUGAUGAGUAAAGAGACGGAGCAGAAAAAUUCUGCACGGAAGCAGCAGGUGGGAACACGCUCGCAGUCGGAGAGGAUCCGGACCUACAACUUCAGCCAGGAUCGUGUCACGGACCACCGCAAUGGCUACGUUUGCAGGGACAUUAAGGAGUUCAUGCGAGGGGGCAAGGCGCUCGAUGAUCUCAUCACUGGCGUACUGGAAGAGGCAGAAAGGGAGGCGCUUCUGGACCUGGUGGCCGACAGCAGAAGCAGUGCUUAUCCUUCUGCAGACUGACCCACACCGCAACUUGCUGGAAGUGCUUCCGCCUUCCAUUCCCAGCGACGUGAUGAUGCGCUCCUUGAACUUGGGUUUCGGUUCCGGCGGCAACUCCGUCACUACAAUCUCCUCGUCUACUUUGGGCAAUUGUAAGUCCACGUUGGCGCUGGAGAGAGAAAAGGAGAACAGAUGAGGUACUGAAAUGAUUCAUGUAAAAGUCAGGUCCAGCUGCUGAGUACUGAACGGCACACGUACUAUGGAUCCUUCUCCUCCUUGAUCCGUUCCCAAGCCCCGUAAGGGUUCUGCGAUUUUGGCCUCUUUGCUUUUGUCACCUCUUCCUUUUUUUCCACUAUGGGUUCACUUUGGAGCUCCUCUUGCUUCUCCUCCUUGACAUCCUCUUGAGGCAUAUUGUUGCUUGUUUGGUCAUCUUCUCCCUCUGCUUUCCUUUUCUGAAAGAGCCCAUCAAGAAAUUUGACGACAAAUUGAAUGUUCUUCAUCGCUAUUGUUCUUACCCUAAAGCUAUCUUCUGGGACGACGGAGGGCAAGCUGGGUUUUUCAGUCACUUCUUCGCUCUGCGACAACUCAGCCUCCUUACAGUCGGCGUCUCCAGCGAGUUCCUCCUCAAGUGUUUUGUCACUGCCAGAUGCCAAGGUGGAUUCGGGAAUUUCAUUGGGGUCUUUUGGCUUUUCCCAUCUGGACUCUUGAGAGGUGAGACAAAUGAGAUGAAAAUGAACUGACCGUUUGCUACGUCAGUAAAACAUAUAAUAGAAAAGUGAGUUUAAAAAACAAAUAUACAACCUCCUGUUUGUGUGUUGUACCAAUAUGCAUAUCCUUCAGGGCUGAUACUUUCCUUCCAAAUACUACCUGAAGCGCUCUAGAAAAAAAACCAAAAAAAAAAACCAAGAGAGCAAUCAGAUAAAAUGGCAUUUAUAAAGAAUGUUGAAGCAGAAUAUAAAACCUUAAGCACCGAGUUUGAGCUGCCCCGGUAACCUUUGGGUUUCUCCCACUGAGAGUCUGUGGCCAAAUAAAUCAAUCAAGAGUUACAGUGAUAGGACAUGACCCAAAAAAAGACCUCCGAUCAUGCUCACCUCCAGUUAUGGUGUUGUAAUAGUAUUUGUGUCCGUCAUCUGUCUGUAUGUCAACCCAACACAGAUUUUGCUCCCCAGAUGACUUUUUGGGUUUCUCUGUGUUCUUCUGAUAUUUUUUCCAGUAUGGUGGUGGCUCGCACAAUACUAUGGGAGGUGCUUUGGGCUUUGGCAGGACUGCGGCUGAGGCACAAGGACCUGACACAAGAAAACACUUUUUGAAGAUGUCUUUGAUAUUUUCACCAUAAUUGCACACACACUUACCUGACUCCAUUUCCAGUCUUUUCAGGUCUUCCUCAUAUGCCUUCAGUGCAGCCUCCUCCAUUGCUGCAAACUGUUUGGAUUUACGGUUUUCUUGCUUCGCUUGUUGGAGACUCUUCUUUUUAAUCUACACGCACAGAAAGUUAAUGUAGCCAAUAAGAUGUAAGACUUCUCCGUCUGAUCUCUUCUGCCAGUGAUGAUGCUAAAAUUAAUUUUUCAUAGCUGCUGGUAUGCCAACAAAGUUUACACAAAUGUCACUUAUUGAUCCAGUAAUCGUUCAAAUACAAAAAAACAAAUAUAAUACCUCGGAAAUUUUGGCUGCCACA